AUUUUCGUCGUGCAUUCCAUUGUGUUCCGUUGUUCUACUACAGAUAAAGUGGUUAUUGAUUGAGAUAAGUGACAGGGAUUGUCGAACCAUUGUCGAACCCUACAGACCCUUACUAUCCAGCUUUAUAUACCCAUCCAGCUAUACAUACAAAUCACACCAAAAUGUCCUGGCUCACCAGAACGACAUCCUCCCUCCCCAAACGACCCUUAUCCAUCCUCCGACCUAUCACCCUCACCACAGGACAGACCCUCCUUCAACUGCGCCACCAACAACGAACCUACAACCAAACAACCCCCCGCCUCGUUCAUCCUUCCUCUUCUCCCUCUGCCCAACAAUCAACAACCGUCCUGCACGAAGACCACCUCACAAACCCCAACUUCCCUAGCCCGGCAAGCAUAGAAAAUGAGCAAGCUUACAUUGACACCCUAAUCUCAUCCCUCCCCCUCGUCCAAUCCCUGCGUCAGAAUCCAACAUAUAAAGAAUCUCGUCCUCAUCACUCUAUGGACCCAUCAUUGCGGUCAAUGCAUUUCGUCGCUGGUUCUCUGGCGGGGAAGAACAAGGUCACCGUUGCGCCGUUAAUGUGGAUGUCUAAUCCCUCCUCCCCACCCUCCACCUCGUCUACAGCUUCUCCAUCGGCGAAAACCAAUACCAACACAAACGGAGAGGGAAGAGCAGGAAGCCACCUCUACUCAAUCUUCCACAUCGGCGGCCACCUCUGCGGACACCCGGGGUACGUGCACGGCGGAUUACUGUCGGUGAUGUUCGACGAGGCAUUUGCGCGAUGCGUGUCGACGUCUUUCAGCAGUGGUCUUGGGAUGACGGCGAAUCUGAACGUGGAUUUCCGGAAGCCAGCGCUGCCGGGUAGAUUGUAUGUGCUUGAGGCAGGAACUAUGAAGGUUGAGGGGAGGAAGGCUUGGGUUGAGGGGAGGUUGGUUUGUUUGCCGGAUGUUGGGAACGGGGAGGAGGGGGACGGGGUUAUGGUUGCGGAGGCAAGGGCUUUGUUUGUCGAGCCUAAAUUUGCGGAGUCGAUGAUUCCGUUGUAUAAAGGUUGAUCCGUUGAUCCCGGAUCGAGUUGGAUAGAAGUCCUUUUUCUGCGUUUUGCACAAUACCCAUAGACAUAAACACGGACAGAAUAGAAUAGACUAGAUCAUGUACCAUUCCUAUCUAAUUGUUAUCUCACAAAUGCACACCUUGACUCCCUACCAGG